AUGACAGAGCCUCUCCUACUACAAGAAGACCCAUAUGCUCUAGCUCACCGGUACAGAGAGUACAUGAUUGAACAUCCCCGUCGCUUCCUGGAAUACUGCAAUCCAUACUACGAGAAGCUUCUUGCCAAUCAGCCGGAUCCCGCCGCAGAUGCAACGGACGAUGAUUCACGUGCUAUUCGGUAUGCCAAAGAGCACUACGAGUGUUUCUAUGAGAUUAGAGACAUUUGGCGCAUCAUCACUUGGCUGCCGCCACUUGGAAAAGAGAAUGACGGGUAG